AUGGCUAUGAAAGGAAUGACAAUCAAAGAAGCCAUCGCCAAGUGGGAGAAAGAUAAAGGCGAAACGGCAACUGAGGCAUUAACAAUAGAGCUGCAAUUUCAAUGGCCACCGAUAGAAAAAAUGGACGGCGCUCUCUCUACACUCACAAACUGCGAGAAACUAAGUCUAUCUUCAAACAUGAUUGACAAAAUAGCGGGCAUUGCGGGCAUGAGAAAUCUUAAAGUUCUCUCCCUGGGACGCAAUUACAUCAAAUCUUUGGCUGGAGUAGAAACUGUGGCCGACUCUUUGACCGAACUGUGGAUUAGCUACAACUUAAUAGACAAAUUUAAAGGAAUCGGUACUCUCAAGAAUCUCAAAGUCUUCUACUGUUCUAACAACUUGAUCAAAGAAUGGGCAGAAUUCAAUAGACUACAAGAGUGUCCAGCCCUACGAGACCUGGUGAUGAUAGGGAACCCGUUAGUGGAAAGUCAGCCCGACGUAGAUACGUGGCGCACACAAGCCUCGAACAGAUUACAGCAAAUCACGAAACUUGACGGUAUUCCCAUAAUUAGAGAUUAAUUAGAAUCUUGGAGCAUCGUCACGAUAGUUUUGACCUAAAGGUUACGCCACAGUGUCCAAGGACUCGGGAGUCUGUUGACUCUUAGAUGAGAAAAGGAAUCCGUUGACCAACAAAUUUAAUAGGAGCUCAGUUUAAUUUUACCCCAGGGUUCUUGGCAAACCAUGCUACUAGGUUCACGGCCGACUAUGUUUUGUCGAUUCGUAUCCAAUGAUAUUAGCUUAAUGUUUGCCCUUAAAAAUGGGAGUUCUGCAGUGAUCAAUGUUAUUG